AUGGAUGACUCGCUGCUUUCCAUGCAGAUGAGCGACAGUGUCAAUGGAACGAUUUCUGGAUACACUACAGACAGCAUUCUCACAUACCGACUCUACAUUUCCAAUUCCGAAAGCACCAACUCGGAUAAAACCGAAGAGCGAAGCUGUCUGGUGGACAUGAUCCAGCUCACAUUGGAGAGUCCUUCUCUUCCUUCCUUAGUCGGCUACGUGAGCACAAGUCCGCGUCCGCUGAGUCGCAACCGCGUCCCUCUCCGCCUCACCAGCAACUCCACGGCGUCCUUAGUGCUGGAUCAUUCGUCCUCCCUGUUUUCCACAAAUCGGGACGUUUUUGUGUAUCUCAUCGUGGAAGAAGAAACGGCCUCGCUGAUCCCCUACACGCUUACGUCGCAAGCCGCCUUCUCCUCGGUGCUGCGCCCCGAUUCGCAAGGCCUUUUCGCGUUUUCAACAAGCGUCAACUGCAGCGCCGAAUCCACGCCUCGCGACGACGUGAUCGGGUAUUUAAUCCUCGACUUCUCCACAAAACUCCUCUUCGACUCCUUCUCGCUUCUCUUCUCCAUCGAUUCCUUCCAGGGCGACAUCGAAGUCGCUCUCAGUGAUCGGACCUUCCGAUCCGCUCUCGUCCAGUCCUCGCCGCACACCACCACCGGGCCCAACCCCUUCGGUUUCCACGUUUCCACGAAUAGCUCGGUGUUCCAGCUGGGCCGGCCGCUCUAUUUCCGCGUGCGUCCUCUCCCGACCGGCUCGCUUUCCUCCGCUUCGCCGUGCUAUUUCAACGUCUCCAUGCGUUUCCUCCACACAACCGCGGUUUUCUGCGCCCCUCACGACCAGCCCGUGUCCGUGGAAACGCCCGCUCGUCCCGCGGUUUCGUACCACGCGGUGUGGAUCCCCAGCGACGAUCUGGGCACCGUCUCGCGGGUGAAUCUUCGGUUUUCGGAGGUAGCGUACGCGUGGAAUUCGAAUGGAACCGUGUGCUUCCCGCUCACCGUGUUCUACGGGUACUCCGAAACCGCGGAACUGCUGAACAUCGCGGAUUCUGCCGUGGUGGAGUACACGGAAUCCUUCUUCUACCAGCCGCUCAUUUCCAUCGCGAUCGACCGGCAUUCUGUCGGGUGUUUUCUGCUCAUCGCCGUCCGCACGGAGGGCGUUUCGUCGUGGGUGUUCGAGGGCGGCGUGGCGAUGACUCCGUUCUUGCUGACGCCGAGCAAUUCGAUCAAAGGCUCGCUAUCGUCGUAUCGAAACGUCGUGCAGACGUACAUCUUCCUCUACUCCACCGAGUACACCGCCAUCACGCUCUCCGCCUCCAAAACCUCCUCCGAUUUCCGCUCUCUGUCUCCGUUUCCACGUUUCUCCAAUCGUAGAUCGAUGUUCGUCGCGGUCGACGCGUACCCGUCGCCCUCUCGUUUCGAUUGGUCGAGCGAAACGCCCGCGAAGGCGAGUCCGCUGCAGGUGAACGUGACGAUCGACCGAAGCCACGCGAAGUACUGCAACGAGUGCAAGUAUUUCGUGACGGUGAUGCUCAACGGCUCGCUGGAGCUGAGCACGAACGCCUCGCAGCUGGCGAUCGAGUUCGUCUGUCCGGGAGACGUGUGUUCGAACUGCAGCGAGGGUCGCGACCCGCUGCAGAACUGCCAGGAGUGUCUGGACGGGUUUUACGGGACCAACUGCAGUCCCUGCCGCGACUGCCACCACGGCGAAUGCGCGGACGGGCUGUCGGGCGACGGGUCCUGCGUGUGCAGCACGGGGUUCUCCGCGUAUUCCAACUGCACGGAGUGCAAAACGGGGUUCUUCGGGGAAACCUGCGCGGCCUGCGAGAGCUGCAAUGAGCACGGAGACUGCCAGGACGGCCGGACGGGCGACGGAUCGUGCGUGUGCGACGAGGGGUUCGACGCGGCGCAGCGAUGCGGAGAAUGCGUGGAGGGGCGGUUUGGGAGCGCGUGCAAUGAGACGUGUCCCGGCGAAACCGCGGUGUGCAGCGCGCACGGAGAGUGCGAUGAUGGAAUGCUGGGAACGGGGCGAUGCAAGUGCAGCGAUGGAUUUAAUGCGAUACGUUGUACGAGGAAGAUCGAUGCAUUCCGCAUUGUUUUGAGGAGAACGGAGCGUGCGAUGAAGGUAGAGCGCGCAGAGCGGCGUGAGUGUGUAGAGAAGGGAGUUUGCUUAUGCUGGGACGGACAUAUGGGAGUCGAUUGCAACUACUCCUUGGAAGAGAGCGUGAAUUUGUAUCUGUUUCUUGGAAUGAUCGUGGUCGUUUCGAUUAUCUCAUUGCGCGUGAAGCAGCUCUCGAAGAAGGUGGAGAAGCAGCAGGUGCAGAGGCAGGUGGUGAUUGACGAGAAGCGACGUUUUAUUUCGUGGCGCGUGGUGAAAUAA